UUAUACAUGAAAACACAUUAAACUCUUUUCUCCAAACAUGAAAUUGAUUCAUGCAUAUCCAAACCCUAAAAUCACUCACCAAUCCCCAAUUCUAUCUUCUAAUCUCAAACUUAUCCGAUCAUGAUUGUUAGUUAAUCCAACCCUCUGAUCUCUCUUCUUAUAUCAAUUGUAAAACCCUAAUCAUUCUUAUUCAUCGUCGGAAACAAACACAAUGGGGACUGUGGUUGUGCCAUGUAUUUCAACACCAAUGAAGGGGCUUUUCAAAUCCAAGCCUCGCACACCUGUGGAGCUUGUUCAUCACCUCCGUCACCUCCUACCCUUCACCGCCGUUAAUCCAGAUCUUCGUAAAUCCAAACGCCGUGAAAAGAUUUGUGAACUAAGAAAAGUCAUUCUUGAAAUGAGGACAGUGCUUUAUGGAGAUGAACGGUUAGAACCGGCAGAAGAGGCUUGUGUAAAGUUGACACAGGAGUUCUUCAAAGGAGACACAUGUCGCAUGCUGAUAGCAUCCCUUCCUGAUUUGGACCCCGGGAUACGUCAAGAUGUCACGCAUGUAAUUGCAAAUUUGCUGAAGCAACGAGUGAAUGGGCGAUCUAUUGCCUCUGAAUAUUUGGAGUGCAAUACCACCCUUCUGACUAUAAUGCUACCUGGCUGUGAUGACUCAGAGCUUGCUCUGGCAUACGGUGCAAUUUUAAGAGAAUGUAUUCGUCAUCAAGUAGCUGCAAAAUAUAUUCUGGAGUCGGAUCACAUUAAAAUCUUCUUCAGAUACAUACAAGAUCCGAGUUUUGACAUAGCGUCAGACGCAACAUCAACAUUUAGAGAGCUAUUGACCAGGCAUAAGUCAACUGUUGCUGAAUUUCUUACCAAGAAUUAUGAUUGGUUCUUCCAGGAAUACAAAUCAUUGCUCGAAUCUCCCAACUAUAUCAGCAGGAGGAAUGCUGUCAAGCUGUUGGGAACAAUGUUAUUGGAUCGUUCAAACACCUCAGUGAUGGUUCGAUACGUGAGCUCAUUGGACAACAUGAGAAUCUUCAUGAAUCUUCUUAGGGAUUCAAACAAGACCAUACAGCUAGAAGCUUUCCAUGUAUUCAAGCUUUUUGCCGCUAACCAGAGAAAGCCUAUAGAAAUUGUGAAAGUGCUAGUUGCAAAUAGAAGCAAGCUCAUUCGGUUUUUUAGCGACUUCACUUUUGAAAAAGUUGAUGAGAAUUUUGAAUCUGACAAAGCUGAAGUGGUGAAGCAAAUUGCCACCCUUGAGCUAAAAGAUCAACCAUCCUCGACUUUGAAGCAAUGCGAAGAAAUCGCCAGUUAAAACUAUCCAUUUGGUAACCUUUUUAUAUGUUGACCAAAUAGAAAUCAUGCCUUGCAUAUUUAUAUUUUUCAUGAUAUGAAGGCAUAGUUGUUAGACUUCAAUUUAGAUGCUUUGUUAUUCUUUUCAUGUUACGACUUGUAUCUCGUAUUCUCGUGCAGCUAAAUUUGCACUUUAGUAUUGAACUAGAAUUAAGACCCGCCGCAAUGCGGCGGGGAUUCUUUAGUGAUAA